AGGGGUUAAACAGCAACAGCUUACUCAUCAGAGAUAAUCUUGGCCUCUUUCAAGUAUUGAGAGGUAUACUUAGCUUUCUUUUGCAAUUCCUGGAGUUGAAAAUGAAGGUGCAGUUUUUGAGUUUGAGAGAGAGAGCCAAAAGCCUUGUAAAGAGCUUCCCAAAACCUUCAAUCAAGUUUCAAGACCGAUCACAUACGGAAAAAAAAAUCUUUGAGUAGAGAGAAUAAUAUGCAAACCAUGAACAUAUUAUUCCUUUGAUACCACAAGAGUGUUUCUAGGGUUUAUAGUCUGAGUGGAUAACUUGUCAGCAGCCAUGGCUAAUUUAGGAGCAUGAAGGGUUCUAUCAAUGAACCCAUGAAGGUUUUGGGACUGCAUAGUCCAUCAAAGAUGAUUGGUGUUAUUAAGUUUUAUGGAGAAUGAAUGAUAAGGACUGUAGGGGCUUGACAAUAGCAAUGAUGGAGAGGUGACUACUGAACCAGAAAAUUUUAGUAUGAGGAAGACGCAGUUGAGCUACUCAUGGUUCUGACAUCAGUCAAAAAAAAAUUUGAAGAUUGGUAGGAAGGAUUGUCAUGUGUGAGAAACUUUCUGCUUUUUUCUUAUUGAGUUGGUUUGCUUAUUGGUAGGAAGGAUUGUCAACAAUUAGUCUACUAGACACUCCGCCUUCAAAAUUUUGUUGGUGAAUAGGGGGUUGGAAUUUGGAUUAAGCAACUAUUAGGAAGGGUUACGAUUAUGGAAAAAGUAAAAGAGGGAUUUCUGCACGUCAGUAGGAAGACGUCUUACCCUCCAUUCUUUGCAUUCAUUUUUUCUCUUCUCUCAAUAGAACUUCUUAUUUUAUAAAUAAUAAUAAUAAUAAUUGCUACAAUUAUUAAGCCUUAUUAUCUAUGCAUUUCAUAUUUUAUUAAUAUCUAAUGUAUGUGUACAUAUGCAUCAUCCAGGUUCACAUUUGUUAUUGGCUUUCUACUGUUGCUGACGGGUGCUGCACUCAAUGACCAACAUGGUGAAGAGAGCAUUUACUUUGGUAACUACUACUGUUAUGUUGUAAAGCCUGGAGUCUUUUCUGGGGGUGCUGUCUUAUCCCUCACAAGCAUCACCCUUGGAAUUCUCUAUUAUCUCACCUUGACCUCAGCAAAGAAUGUCACUGGCCCACGGGGCAAUUCUACUGCUCCUAAUCAAGGUGGGAUAGCUAUGGGUCACCCACAGAUGCCAUCGCAGAGCGUCCAAGAUCCUGUUUUUGUGCAUGAAGAUACAUAUAUGAGACGGCAGUUCACUUGAUUGACAAGCUAGGUGGUGCACUAUUGAGGAAAGGAGGGAACGAGGGCAAGGAACUUAUCCCUUAAAGAUGGAAGUGGAUUUGGGCCGAUGAGAUAAUGCAACAAGAAUGGCAAAUACAGAUUCCUGCUUCCCAGAUGAAUGGGAUUGCAUACAUAGCAUCAAUCUAGAUGUGCAGGUAUUAUUUUGUUCUAAAAUUGGCUGUUGAAACCAGUAAUCAGAGUGACCUGAGAUAAAUUUGAUAUUUCAAUAUAACUGAUUCUGCAAAUUGUUUGCUUUUUUUGCUUGUUAGAAGCCGGACAAAAAGUUGGUAAGAAUAAAUGUUUUCUUGACGUA